AUGAAGGUUCGACUGCGACUGGGUUUCUUGCCAUCAGACUACACUCUUCGUUCAUCUUUGUUACUCAUUAGGAACAAUUUGACGGUGAUCGAACCUGUUGUGGUAUAUGGCAGAGGCGCCCGAAUUGGAAUGCGUGUGGAGAAUAUGGAAGCAAGGUCGAAACAACCUCUACUUUUUGAAAUUCGGCACGAUCAUCUGAGCGAUUGUAACAAUCCCAAACGUUUGAUGCAUAAGCUAAGUUCUACACUUACCGUUCGUCGUCCGUUUUCGGUAAUGAACUCAGGGGAGGUGCCGUUCACUGGUCAACAUGAGCAUCAAGGUGUGCCUGGAAAACCGCGUUUUCGUAUUCUCAACUGCUAUCCAUUCCGUCUUCAACCAAAUGAGACCUAUUCUCUCGAUGUCGCGUACACACCAGACUUCUUGACUACCACAAAUGAGGCGGAUCUUCAGUUGUACAUGCAUAUGAAUGGUAGUUCAUGGUUGUUUCCAUUGGCCGCGACAGUUCCAGAAGAUAUGCUGGCUAGAUGUCAUCGAGCCCUUCCGCGACCUCCUUUCGAAAACCUCAUGUACUACAGCUGUGUUACAGCUCUUGUUUUCUGCCUGGUGUGUGUAUUGGCGUGUGCAUAUUUGGAAGGUGAUAGAGCUAUCGCUUGUGCUAUCCGACACGUAUUCGAUUUGAACAACUUGGACUACAAAAGAAAUGGCCAUCCGUCUUCAGCUGAAGGCAGCGCUCAUGGUGGCAACGGGAAAAAUAGCGUUUCUUGGAACGAAGCUCUACCCUCUGGCAUACAUGUUGCGGCUGAUGCUUCGAUGAUCCUACGAAUCUUCUAUCAAGCAGCGAAUUCUGUGCUGAGAGCAGUGCACUUUGUAUGGCGAAUUUCGUUGCUCUAUAGAAACGACAAGCAGGAUCAGCCCAAGAAAGAGAACAAG